AUGUCAUGCGCCGCCGAGUUCCGCAAUGGCAGUAGUGGCUCAGCCACCAAGUCUUCCCCCGAAUCACUCAAGGCACUCGUCGUCGAAAUCCGCGACCACCCUAGCACGGAGUACUUCUCUGUCACUCCCAGUGCCGGCGUUGCCCCAAAUGGCAAGAGAUUCCUCAAGACGACCUUGAACAUCACCAUGAAACAGGAUGAUCCGAACGAGGAGGGCCAAGAGGCUUUGCUGAAGCUGAGCGUCCGUCUUAACGACCGUCUACAAAAGCUGUCUCCGGAAGAACAUGCUUGGAUCAUGGAAGUGUUCGAGCAAAGCGUCGAGAGUCUUGCGGCAGGCACCAUGGUCGAGGAUAGUUUUCAGAAGGGCACAGAAAACGUCGAUGGGAGUCUCCCAGACUCGAAUUCCUAA